AUGGAGAUCCGGUGGAUGUACAGUAUUCAGCUGGUACUGCUUCUAACCCUCCUCACCAUUCCUAUCAUCCGAGCGUCAUCGAAAGAACAAAAGCACCAAGAAAGCUUAGAAAACAGUCGUCCCACAGCAUCCACCCCGUCAAGCAAAUGGGACUCCUCUCCCAGGGUAGAAAGCGACACGCAUCCCGAUUCCGGUCACUUUCGAUUGGUAGACGACGAGCUAAUUGGUGCGCGUGCGGCUGCUACAGAGUCGUCGCCUUCGUCGUCGUUCACGCACAACACCCAACCGAAGAAGCGCCUACUGGGCAAGGAAAGCAAAAAGUACCGGAAAAAGUACGUGUCCGAAGAUGAUUAUCGAAAAUCGAUGCCACACGCCGAUGACCAACAGUCGGCAGGGACGGUGGCCGGCGGUGAUACCAAGGAAAAGCAAACGAGUGGAACAGCAGCCAAAUCCAGCGAACCGCACAGCAGAAAGAAGCGCCUGAUCUGGGUUACGGAUGAUGGUCGGUUAGCAUUGCCGCCCGGUACGUCACUAACGAUUGCGCCGACGAUCGCGCUACCGUUUGUGCGUUACCCGCCGACCGGCUUUCUGUCCAACAUCUCGAUCAGUUUGCCCAUAACGAUUGACUUCGAUAAGCUGGGCCUGACGGAUAACCAGAAUCCGCUCGGUGUGUUACCGCCACUAUUUGCAAGAUCGAUGGGCCAGGCAGCCGGUUCAGUACUGGCGGACUAUGUGUCGGACUACAUGCGAUUGCAGAGACGGAAGCGUAGCAUUUCGAGCACGGCGAAUGAUCACUUUAAGAUCACGACAAACCGGUUGGAUGAUGAGGAUGGCGAUCAGUCAGUGCCACAACUUCCGGCAGAACAUAAGCAUGCCUUCCAUGGUGGAGAACGAGCGCUCCUGUACGUGGUGGUGGAAGAUUUCAUCGCAAACUUUGGUCUAGAUGGGAGAGCAUGUAUGCUUCGUGCCAUAUGUGAGGUGCAUUCGAAAUCGAUCGAAAAGUUUGGCCUGAUCGGAGAGAUGUUGAAGCUAUUCUUUACAGCCUCAUUGUCGCCAUAUUCCGAGCAUUUAGACGAGUACGUGACGGCGGAAAAGGUCGGGCGGGGCCUGGACGGGCCUGGCGAAUGCUUCCCAUACUACAAAGACUGUCCGCGAAGCUUAUUCCGUUCGUCAAAUAACCCCCAACAUAUGUACCAGCAACCGGAGCAACGGCACCGUCCAUCGGACAUUGAUCGUGAUGUAGACGAUGAGGAACACUUCGACAACGAGAUUCCAGGUGAUCCAAGGGAUGAAUAUCCGAUGCGUGAACCACGUGCCUCUAGUUCGCUAAACAGCAACACCAAAGAAAACACGAUCGUACAGCUGGAGCAGCGCGAUCUAGCGGAGAUGGCAAUGUAGUGA